AGAGAGUGACUGAGAGAGAGAGAGAGGAAAGCAGAAGGAAGGAGAUGCACUGAGUUAAAAAAAGAGGAAAGCAACCAAAAGCCACACAUGCCAACAAGACUGGCCAUUCUGUGAGGAGCUGUGCACUUUAACUGACUACUGAGGGACAGCCAAGGAGGGAGAACAUCAAGGGGCAAUGAGCACAAAGAGUGUCCAGCAGCCAUCUCCACUGAAGAGGUCAACCUUCUGAUUCCCCCAUCACACUUGAUAUUGUUAGUGGUGGACGAGUGGUCCGGUUUUUAGUGAGUGCUGCUCUCUGUUCUCAGCCACUGGGAGACUUGAACAGCUUUCUUCAGGGAAAGGUUGUAGUUUGGGACAAAACUAUGGAAUCAUUUUUGAAAACGAACAGUGUCCUCACCAAUAUGUCAAGUGGGUCAUGGAGUAACAUCUCUUCUCACCUGCAUAAGGAGCCAUACCUCCAUAAGCUGGCACAUCUUGACGAGGACCUUUAUAAUGAGUUCUACACUUUGUGGAUUGCACUCUUGAUCAUCAACGCUUCCAUGUUUGUUGUGGGCAUCCUUCUGAACAGCUUGGCGCUGUACGUUUUCUGCUUUCGUACAAAACCCAAGACCACCUCCGUCAUCUACACAAUCAAUCUGGCUGUCACUGACCUUCUUGUUGGUUUCUCCUUGCCAACACGUGUCAUCAUGUACUACAGUGGCGGGGAAUGCCUCACCUGCUCCUUUGUUCAUAUUUUCAGCUACUUUGUCAACAUGUACUGCAGCAUCUUGUUUCUCACAUGCAUCUGUGUUGAUCGCUACCUGGCCAUUGUCCAAGUGGAGGCAUCUCGUAAAUGGAGGAACCCAAACUAUGCCAAGGGCAUUUGUAUUUUUAUCUGGCUCUUUGCCAUUGUGGUGACCUACUCCAUUUUAACAACAGCCAUCAAGUAUGCCUCCUGCUGCCUCUCCAAACUCUUUGCCUUGACCGUUUUUGAGUUCUUCUUGCCACUGAUCAUCAUUGUGGUUUUCACCAUUCGCAUUAUGUGUGCGCUUGCCAAUCCCAACUUGAUGCAGCAAAGCCGGGAGCGGAGGAAGCGGGCUGUCCAACUUCUCAUCACUGUCUUGGUCAUCUUCAUGAUCUGCUUCACACCUUUCCAUGUGCGCCAGGUACUGGUUUAUGCCUAUCCCAACUUACCCCAUCACAUUAGUCUCAUUGUCUACCACAUCACUGUUACACUGAGCAGUCUCAACAGUUGCUUGGACCCCAUCGUUUACUGCUUUGUCACCAAUAAUUUCCAGUCAACCAUGCGGAAUAUCUUCCGUAAGCCAGACCCGGAGCGGACCAGCGGAGACAUCCUGAGCAUGCAGAAAAGUUCCAAGGGCUCAGCAACAAUGACGGUGGUCAGUAACACACCAAGCCUUCUACUUGCCAAUACGGAAAUAUAAAGUCUUGUAAAUACUGCAGGUGUGACCACACGAUGUAUUUAGAGGUCACACACUUGGACAGAGAAACUGUUUGCUAAAAUGACGUUUCAGUAUAGCAGGGAGCGCCACUGCUGAACGCAAGAAAAUGCCAGCUCUUCAAAAAUGAAAUAAGAUGACGGAAUCGAGAGAACCAGUGAUAAAGGCAGGCAGCCAUUAACUGGCCUCGGAGCACGUGGGGAAUAUAACUGCAACAAUACAUUUUUCUUUCCACAACAAAAACUUUAAAUAAUAAUAUGUUUUAUUUAUAUAAUACACUUCUCAAACACAAGGUUAAUGUUAAAAAGGUAAAUUGCAGUUAAACCUCAAAGUUUCGUAAAGCAUGGAAAUAAUAAUAAUUGUGUUUUUUUAUUUUACCAAGCCUAUUAAUAGUUUGGCUUUUUUAUAUUUUGACAGUUUUCUAAUAUUAUGCUUUAAAAAUGUCACAUAUCUAUAUUAUAUGUUUUCAAUAAGCUAUAUUUCUAACAUAAACUAAGAAAAUCCCCUAGUUUCACUCUAAUUCCCUAACCCUAACCCUUUUCUUGCCUGCUUAUCUUCUUUAAGGUGUGGGGACCCCGUGACCCUGUGCUUAUCACCGCAGUGUUGGGUCCAAGCCAGGAACCACCUUGAACAAGGUGCAAGUCCCUCUCAGGCCCCACUCACUCAUUGGCUGAAUUUAGAAUGGUCAAUAAAAAUAGAGUUCACUUCUUUGGGGUUUAAGAGAAAAGAAAAAACAAAAGAUCUGGAGGAAUACUAAUGGAGAUUUGGAGUGGAAAUGUGGGUGAUCGCCACACGGAACCAUAAUUUGAAUCCAGGACUGUGGUGCUGUGAGUGUAACUACUGCUGUCAUUAUUUUAAACUUUACUUGUAAAUCUUGGUUAAAUUGUGAUAUGAAAAAAAACUUUAUAAAGCAGAUUACUAAACUGGGAAAGUUAAGAAACACAUGAAUCCCUACUUCUAUUCUUAAAAAAAAAAAUUAAGGCCAGUUAUUAUUUUAGUGACUUGCCCCUCCGUGUCAGAAGAGUCUGAAUUCCAUUUUGCUAUGGCCACCAACAGAUUGUGCUGUCUUUUGUGGAAAAAUCCUAUUUAGCUAUCUAUCUAUCUAUUGUAAAAGACAGGGGGUGCCACUGAGCCACACUAAACAGUCCCAGGUGUAAAAUAAAGGAUGUAUUUUCACAAAAGACCUCUUUCCAAACCAGUCCACAGCCUUUCAAUAAACAAUCCUGCUCUUCCUCCUCCAGGUGAGCUUUGUCUUCUGCCUCCCGACUCUGACUCACCGGAGGAGGCUAGACGUCUCACUUUUAUGUCAGAUCUGGGGAUACUUCCAGUACUGGGGCUGAGGCUAAGGGAAGCACUUCUGGGUCAGACAGAAGCCUCCUGAAGCAGUGAGUCCAUCUCCCUGCAGCACCCAAGGACCCGGACAGGGUUGUCCUGCAGGACUCCAACUCCCAUACAUUUCCUGGGAAGUCCUUACUGGGUCCAUGAAAAUGGAGCACUGCCAUCUGCCAUAGUGGGGGAGGAUCUAUCUAUCUAUCUAUCUAUCUAUCUAUCUAUCUAUCUAUCUAUCUAUCUAUCUAUCUAUCUAUCUAUCUAUCUAUUCAUUGCUUCGGUUAGGUGGUUAGGUUAGGUUAGGUUAGAGAGCUGGAGUUGGCCUGAGUAAGAUUGUAUGAUUGAACAGGAGCACUGAGAAGACAGUGAGAACUACUCACAUUUCAAAGUAGCAAAAUAUUGGUCCAUUAAUCUACAAGGAUGCUGGUUCAACAUAUGCAUUUAAAUACUUUGUAUCAUGAGCAAGUUAUCCAGCUGUAAGGAAAAUUAUUUAUUCCUGGGCACUUGAACUACUGUAAAUCUUUGCAUUCCUAAAGCACCAGGGAAUGGUUGAGAGCAUUUUUUUGUACUUUCUAAAACAUUCAUGUAUCUAUUCACUUUUAAAAAUGUGUAUCUAACUCAGGGAAACACCAUUAAUUAAAAUUACCUGUGCCCUGAGUUAAAAUGCUCGUCCGAACACUGUCCAAGACAUGUACCUACACUCUUAUAAUAAAGGUAUCAAAGUGGUUCAUUAGGGGGAUGCCAUAGGAAAACCGUUUUUCGUUCCCAAAAGAACAAUCCCCAUGAAGUUUCCAGAAAGAACCUUUAUUUAUAUAUUUAGAUCUGUAACAGGCUCUAUAAAUAGUCAUGACUAAAUGAAAACAGAUUUCUAAAACACCAACGACUCAUGAUUUUAAAAGGACUCUCACUGCAUACAAUAACUUAUGAUGAGUUUAGGUUUUUCAGCCUACUAUACAUUAAAGAUUUCUGUUUUGUCCACAUAUUUUAAAAGCCCAAAACAUCCAUUUCAUAUGUAAAGAACCAUUCCUAGAAUUAAAUUACUCUUUGUAAAGUAAUGGCUCUACAAGGAACCACAUAACACAUUAAAGUAGCAUUUUACAGCCUUAUUUUUAAGAGUGCAGGAGCCUUGAUCAGAUAUUCUUCUGCAUCCCAGUGAAGAGAGUGUCUGUUUGUCAGUUGAAUGAGACUUGAAGGAAGUGGGUCUUGUGGUGGACUGGCUUCAGUUUUGGUUCUUGUCCUGAGCCCCGUAUUUUAUUUUUUAAAUAUCUAAUCUUGAUAAACUGGAGAACACCCUCAGUAAUUAAGUAAUGACUUAAGAGAAAAGGGGCACUAUCGCCACCUGCUGGCUGCUUUUAAAAUAAUAAAAUGAAUUGUUAGUAUUUUCAUUAUUAUUAUUUUUUAAUGUACAAACAGCAUGUGUUGACCCAUUUAUUGUGCCAACUGAAAAUUAAUUCACACACUCAUCUACACUCUUAAAAAUAAAGGUGCCAAAGCGGUUCUUUAUAGCAAUUCAAUAGGGGAAUCAUUUUUGGUUCUCAAAGAACCCCUCCUCGGGAAAGUCCCAGAAAGAACCUUUAUUUAGAUAAAUAACAUAAAUCAUGAAUAGAUGUUAGCAGAUUUGUGAAAUACCAAUGGGUUAUGAUUUUAAAAGAUCUCUUGCGAUAUGCAAUAACACAGGCCAAGUCCUGCUUUUCUUAAUCUGUUAGUUUCCUGCUGGGUAGCCUAUAAUACACUAAAAAUGUCACCUUGUUUCUACAUAGUAGAAAGUUUUCAAAGCACAAAGAUUAAACUUCAUAUGCAAAAAAGUCUUCAUAGAAUGAAAUGCUUCUUUCUCAAGUAAUGGUUCUACAAAGGACCACAUAACCCAGUAAAGAACCAUUUGACGCCAUUAAAGAACUAAGACUUUCAAGAGUGUAGGUUUCCUUCCAUAUUGAUACUUCAUGAGUUUUACUCAAAUGUUACUGUUGAUAAAUAUAAUUCUAAUUGCUUUGGAAUAUUUGUUAGUGUUGAAAAGGUCAGAUUAAAUCAUGGUGGUCCCCUUUAAAGUGCAGCACAGCGCGACAGCUUGUUGAGUUUCGAUUUGCGGGUAGGUGGUGUUUACACCGAUGCAUGCAUCUGGAAAUUUUGUUUGUGAGUUGUUUAAAGGAAUACUCCACCCAAAAAUUAUAUUUUUUUAUAUGCUAUGUAAUGUGUGUGUUUUGCAGCAAUGACUGAGAAAAUGUGUUAAUCACAUAUUUUAUGAGAAUGAAGAUAAAGAAUUUAUGAUAGAAAGCAAGCCAAUGGUGACCAAUGCUAAACAAUUGCGAACCAUAUUAAAUACAUCUCAUGUUCCACGUUUCCUCAUAACGUACAAAACAUGUAUUAUUUCGAUAAAUAUUUUCAGAAAAGCCUGUAUGCAUUAUGAAUGCAAAACAAAUGGGAUUAAGUUUCUGAAUGGAAGACAGGACUCUUGACCAAUGAAUUAGGGGUAGGCAAGUGUUCAAUUUCAAACUUCAGUCGCAAGUGGUCAAACGGAAAAUACAGCAAGAGAAUAACCAACCGCCGACACAAUUAGAAUGGAGUGACCAGCUACACUUUUUAAGCAAAUUUAAAAGCUUGCAUACUCCAGUGACCAAAUCGAAAUUUGUUUUAAUUUCAAAUUGUGAAUAAAUGUGAUGAUUUUUACAAGUGAUGAAAGAGAUAAGUAAUAAAGAACAAAUUUAAAAACAGAUCCAGAUGGGAUCCCUCGUGCGCUUACUUAGACUAAUGAUUGUAGUGACAAGAAUUUUAUUUCAGUGCUCUUCCUGUUACUUUUAUUAAGUUUAUUUUUAUCUUUUAUGUAUCAAAAUAGUGUUUGUAUAUAUUGGAUGUGUAAACAUUAACUUUUUAAACUUAUUAACACUGUGCUUUACUACCUGUUUAUAAAUGAAUACUUAAUGUGUACAGUUUGUUGGUCUCACCUACCUUUUAUAUAUGCUGUAUAUUUAUAUACAUGGUUCACACUUCUUUAACUUGCCGUUCCAGUAUGACGAGCAGACAGUGACUGAAAGCCACAGGUUUCCAUCCUGUUGUCCUACCAGCCAACCUCCCUGAAGAUAUAAACCUCAAUGAGACAUCUUCGAUGUUUAGGAUGACCACUCACCAGCCAGCACUACCAGCAGUAAAGCUCUUUAGAUUUUCAGUUAUGACACAAAUGCGUUCUUAGAAUACUUCAAGCAAUUAAUUCAUUACAUUUCAGUGGAUCUCACGCUUAUUUUACAACAAAAGUUUUCAGUUUUACACAUUGUUUUUUGCACAGUAUGUGAAUAAUCACCUAUUAAAAAGGGGAACAAAAUGAAUUUUGACGCAUCCUCACAAGCGAAAGGAUCAAAGGUAAUGAUGUGUUCAUUCCCAGCUAUGGACACAGGCCAUUUCAAAGCCCACUCAGCCACAAUUAUAGCCUCACCAGAUAACAAAACAGUCGCUGUCCUCUUUGAACGGGUCGUUGCGCUGAUCGAAAAAACAACUUCCUAUCACAUGAUCGAUGAUGACUGCAUUGCACAGACCCACAGAGAAAACGUAAGGUUUAUGAAAGAUCUGAGGGCCUUCACAGUUUGCCAACAAAUCACUCGGAAUAAAGGGAAAUGCAAUGUUCAGCUAGAAAAUGGCCUUUGUGCCCUAGAGGUUGCUUGUUUUAAUCGUUUAUGUGCAUUAUUUUAAUUUUUGGAACGUCAUUAUUUAAAACCCUGUAUCUGCUUAUCUUUUAAAGCUAUUAUUUUUGUGAGAUAUUAUAAAUUGAUAUAAUAAUGCUGAACUUCCUCAUAUUUUGUGUCUUGUUUUUUAUUCAUUGUGCUGAGCGUGAAUAGUUUUAUUUACAGUUGUUUUAUGCCAAUACAUAAUGUUAACCACUUUAAGAUACUGUAAAUGACUGAACCGAGAAAUAAAGGUUCAAUUUAUUUCAAUUAUUUUAUUACUCAAUUAUUUUAAUUGCCAACAAGUUUUCAAUGUUUCAAAUAAACAACCUUUGUACUAAA